ACUAUUUCAUAAGAAUCAAGUUUGAAAGCCAGGACCCAUUUGAACCAGAGCCUGAACCGCCGAGAUCAAGGAAAUUUCGUGCGCAUGACAAAGACGAGGACGAAAUUUAUUCCUUCAAAGAGAUCAACAACAUGCAGAUGAAAAUUCAUCGAAGUUAAGUUGAGAUAUUUGACCCCGUGCAAUGCUAUAACUAUGACAAGCUCUAACUGCAACAUGCAAGCUUGCAGCGUUUCUAUGACACACUGUUGUUGUAUAUCUAUUGGUUUUAAUUUAUGUACUGUUGAACUGCAAACGAUUUUGCAUGCAAACAAUGUUGACUUCUGAGUAUGAUAAAUGGAAUAUGGCUAAUACAUGAACAGUGUACUGGAAUAACAUCGUUCAGGCCGCUAUAAAUACACGCCGUGUUCGUUGUAAUUUUUCCUAAUAUUAUGCUUUCUAAAGGUCAGUACAGUUCCGGAGAAGUUUCUAAUGCUUAGAGAACAGCUUCCAGAUGUAAAUUCAACUGACUCAGACAAGUGGCGGACCAUCUUCGUAGAAGCAGAUCAGAUGCCAUAUACAGUCUACAAAUGUUUCAGGGACGGUAGUUUCAUAAACGGGCCUUUUUUGCUCUCGUGUAACUUGAAAUUAUCUUAAGGCAAACACUCUAGCUGGGCUAAAACACGAAGCAGUUCUCCGGUCACUGGCAUACUUGAUUCAGACAUGGUAGAAAGGCACAAAGGUGUGAUGCGAUGGAUACAUGUAUUGUCUGCUCUGCGGCAUUUUGCCUGAUAGAAUAAAGUACAUUUGAACGCCAAAAGCGGAGACGCAAAGUACAGUUAAACCAGCCAGCACUCCCACCAAAACGGCAGUCCCAAGCACCAUUUUAUGUUCCUUGUGUUAUCAUGCAGAACUGAGUGCAAUAACAGCAGGGUGGGCGGGUGGGGUGCACCCUCUGAACUCCGGUCCCUUCCCUUCCAAAACGCCGGAAACCUGAAGUAUUUCAGCUGUAAUUUUCAAAAGUUUAAAUAAAACCGCCGUAGUUCUAACUGUUUUUUUCUUCUUCAUCCUUUGCUUGAUUAUUUGAGCAAUAUACAGCAUUUUUUGAAGAUUUCCGAACAUUUCCGAAGAUGGCGUUUUGCGGGGGAACUCUUACGAAUCUCCACCGAUUGCUGACGAAAGGCAACAAUGAGAUAGUGGUCAGAGGGAUUGUGGGAUAUUUCAUCUCUCCAUCGAGCGUGUGUUUAUGAAACGUUUAUGAAUGGUGUAGAGAUUGGAGCUAAGAUUUCUAAUAGUUUGCUUUAUACCUAUUUGUUGUUUCUGCUGAUCGUAAAAUACUGUGGAUAAGGCGAGGAUAUCAAUGAGGAAUGAACGGUGCGGUUCAGUUAGAGAGCGGCUCAGCGAUAGGAACUGAUCCGGGGAAAGUUGAAUUUGAGAAACGAAGAUGGAUUUUAAUUUCCAACAUACCAGAUGGCGGAGAUUUGAAGCACAUGUUCUCCUAGGAACUUCAGACCAAGCUAUUAAUGCAAUCAACACUCUUAAUGGUCAGAAUUUUCAUGGCUAUGUUGUUGGCGUGUCCAUUCCUCCACCUGACAGCUUCUUGUUUGUUGGCAAUUUGCCAUUUGAAUUCACUGAGGAACAGUUCAGGAACUUGAUGAGCCCUUUUGGACCAAUAGAAAGAAUAUUCCUUGUACGCAGUUUGUUUACUGGUGAGAGUAAAGGCUACGGUUUUGUGGAUUACAUCAAUCGUGAGUCUGCGUCUCUAGCCAAACAGCAGUUGAUGAGCACAGGAUCAAAAUAUGUUGGUGGAAGAAUACUCAGAGUAAACUUUGCUGAGCCUAAUCUGUUAACUUUUGAAGAUUUGCACUCAAAGACACUGUUUGUAGACAGACUACCACGGGAUUUUACCAAUGGAGAAGUGUUGAGAGAAUUGUUCUGUCAGAGUGGAACAGUUACAUUUGCACAGGUGGCUGUCAACCAAACUGGUGUGUCUCGGGGAUUUGCGUUUGUUGAUUACGCAACAGCAGAAGAGGCAGAAAAAGGACAAAAGGCACACAAUGGAGCAUUGUUGGAGGGCACCAACAUCCGUGUGGCUUACGGGACACCAGGACGAACCGGGGCAAGCAUACUUGGCGGCCAUCAUAACACAAGUGUGGGAGGACAGUCACAAUUUGGUUCUCGUCCUAGAGGCCCUUCUCCUCAUGUACCUCAAGGUGCAGAUGUGAUGGGUGCUAGAGGACCACGCCCUCUUAUGGCACCACGUCCCCUUAUGGGAUCGGAACCUUGGCAGCAAAUGCCGCGAGGCCAUCCAGGAAGACCACCAAGACCACUUAUGAGACCUGGUCAUCCAGGUGCAAGGUUCAUGGCAUCCAGGUCACGAGGACCCUCUCCAGGUCCAGGAGGUGCCAGGGGCACUGUGUUUGGUCAUGGACCCAGGCCCCUUCUGGGCAGGUCCCAAGGGCCAAGACUCUCAAUGAGACAUGCAGGACCAAGGGGCUUUGCUGGAAUGGGUGUCGGAGGCCCACCAGGUGUGAGACCCAUGGCACCUAGAGGAGGGACCAUGCAGCCAAGACCUUUAAUGGACUUUGGAGAGCAACUUGAUGGGACAGCUUUCUUUCCUGAGCAGAUGCAGGGUGGUCCAGUUGGUGUUGACCCCUCCCAGCAGCCCCUGAAUGAGGCCAUACCCAACCUAAUGGGGGAACCAAUGGCAGGGGGUGGAUUUGCGCCUGUGGCUGACCCAGGAAUGUUUGGUCAAACUGCCGUUCAACCCAUGGCACAACAGCAGGAGGUAUUGGCACCUGCUCCUGUUCAGCAGCAAGGAAUGCUAGUACCAUCCCAACCACAGGGACCUAGAACUGUGGUUCCACAGUUGAUGCAAGUUCAGACUGUCCCUGGUGCAUCUGUGGCCUCCUAUCCUGGCCCCCUACCUGGGGCUCAGACACAAGUGGCUGUCAUGCCACAGGCACCCCAACAACCAGUCAUGGUACCUACCCAGCAAAUGCCUAACAGCCAAAUGAUGUAUGCCACAUCUGCUACGAUGCAGACGCAGGCUGCAGUGCCGCAGGUAGUACCACCUGAUCCAGCUCCCCUCAUGGGAAUUCCUGCUCCUGGUAGUGCAGUGGCAGGUCAAACUGAUCUCAGUGCAGCACAGCAUGGGGUACCUGGAAUACAACAAAUUGCUCAUGUCGACCCAGCUGUUAAUACAGUAGCCAGCUCUGGUUAUGUUGUACUUCCAACAGACACAACUCAACAAACUGCAUUUUAUGCACCACAGGAUCCCCAGUCUCAAACUUUGCCACAGUAUACCUCAACAGGUCAGGUGCCAGGACAACAACCCGUUGUUCAGUUACCAGUGGGAACGGUUCAACCAGGAGCUGUUAUGCAGAGCCAGGUGCCGCCAUCCCAACCCACUCCUGUUCCCAUGGUAACCCCCCAGACACAGCAGUAUCAGUGGUAUCAACAGGUUCCAUCUGCUGUUGGAAGUGUGGCAGUGUCCACUCCGAUCACUCAAAACACACCUAUGCAAGUGACAUCUCUAAUGGGCACACAGUGGCCACAGGCUGAACAACAACUGCCUGCUCAACCUUUACUGACUGUUCCAACCACUGGGGUUUAUGGACAAUUCCAGCAAACCCAGCAGUACCCCCAACAGCAAGCAGUGGCAGCUGGUGCAGAAACUGUAUUCUAUUAUCAACAGCCACAGCCACAACAGCAGCAGCCGCAACAGCUCCAGCAGCAGCCACAGCUACAACAGCCAGGCACAUACCCUGCAUUAAUGGACUUGUCAGGUGGCACUCAGCAAGUUUACCCUUCAGUUGCUGUACCCAGUAAUGAUCAGGCGAUGUACCCAAAUGCUAGUGUGGCUCCUCAACACUCAGCCCCUCCAGUUGUAUAUAACAGUCAACAGCCGCAACAACUAGUUGCACCAGGCGCUCAACAGCAGCUCAGUCAAAAGAGGGCUGCAGAAGGUGAUACUGGAAUCUAUGGCCAGCAGGGACCUCCCAGUUACUAUGACAACAGCAAACGACUGCGAUAUUAACGUCUCAUAAGGAUGAUCUUUGUGUGGUGUGGUGAUAUGAAUUUAGUGCUUGGUGACUUGUCAAAUAUUAUUGUUAUCAUCUACAUGUAUCAGCUGAGAGAUCAUGUAACUAAACCAGAGAUCAUGGGCAUGUUUUUUUUUAACCCAGUAAUUCAAGGAUAAGUGACAAUAACAAUAUUUCUGACUUAUGAAUUUUGUAACACCACUGUUCAUGUUUACAUCAUCAGUAAGGCAUUUUAUUAAUGCCUUUUCUUAAGUUGUAUUUUUAUUGCAAUGUUUGUUUAAGUAAAUUAAUUGUUGUUGUAAAGGUGGCACAUGUAAAUAUGGAAGAUUCAUGAGUUCUAAAUUAAGUAGAACUUUAUCAUGUGAUAUUUUCAAGCACCAACUUACAUUUGCCUCAUGCACCGAUGAGUGCGAUGAGAAGAGAUGAACGUAUGUCCAAGAUUCACUACAGAUUACAAAGCCAGUUAAGCUAUUGGUUUGAAAUGUCACCUAGAUUGUAUCGAGUCAUAGAAGAUUAUGUAACAAGUCAUGUUUUAAUAGUAUCGUGCAGCCUUAUGUCCAUUCUUUAAAUAAUUAUCAUCAUGCGGAAAAAUUCUGAUAGAAGUUAACAUCUGGAACAUAUAUUUUCACCUUAGUUUGAAAACUAUGAAAAACUAGUCGAUCAGUCAUUGGGAAUACUACAGUAGAACCUUUUGACAAUGGCUGUGCUGGGACAGAAUAAACUGGUCAUUGUUGGGAGUUUUCAGUAUUAAUAACAUGUAUGGAUUGUAGACAUUUAGAUAAGUGGCUAUAAAUUGUAGGUUGGUGCCCAUAUUUGCCAUAGUUUGUAGCUCUUAGCAGUCUCUUAGCAGUCUCAUAGCACUGGGGAAGCUAAAAAUUCAGUUUUAUAAUAAGUCUCAACUCAAUGAAGAGCUGAGCUGCUUUUUGUCAUAAGAUCACUCUCAUUACUCAGCACUCAUGUAUUACUGGUUAUAAUGAGGUUUUUUGUAGAGAAGGCAAGAUGGUCAGACGUGUGAUCAUAGCCUUUAUGAGUGUGAUAGUGGUAGUUGGUUUUGAUACAUUCUUUUGACAACUUGCAUUAAAAAUCACUGAUCAAUCUUAAAAUACAGGAACAUGUAGAUGUACAUGUAAUGUUAUUUGCAAAUGUUUAAAGUGAAAAUCCAAUGUCCUUUAGAGUUCAGUCAGUUGUGAUAACUGAGUUGUCAUUUUUAAACACAUGUCAAUGAUUAAAAGAUGUUGUAGCAGUGAGCUAGAACUGAUUUCAGUUUUGCAGCCCUCCAGAUUGCUCUAACAGUCUUUUAAACUUGAAGGCUUAGCAGCAGUUAAGAUACUAUUUCUUUGUAUGUGUCAGAUAUGAGCAAUGAAUAUAGUGAUUCUACUUUUUAAUUAAAGAACGUGUUUGCAUGUGCA